CUGAGGAGCGCCGUAAUACGCCCUGUCGCGAUGACAUUGCCGGAAAUAGGAAAGAAGAAGAACCAAACUCGCCUCUCUAAACAGUUAUUUCUGGGCUAGAUCUUGAGCCACUGAAGAAUCGAUACCGCACGUCACUUCUUUCAUGGAAUAAAAGGCUAUUAUGCAAAGCUUAGUGUCCGGGUAAACUCGUCUCGGUCCACGUUGACGUUUCUCAAUCGCGCUUGGCGUAGCUAGCUUGCUUUAGCUCGCUAGCCGCUAACAAAGAGCCACGUUUCUUCGCAACUCGCGAAGCAGAGCGCUAGACUGAGUGGAAAGGAUUGUGAUUAUCGCGUGAAAAUGUGCACACGACGUGUGAAAGAAGAAGAGUGCGAGAAGGAAUUCGCUGUCACAGAAGACAAUGAGCGACAACGUGAACUGGACGCUGAUUUCAAAAGGCCUCCAAAUGUGUUACACACAACAGAUUACGUUCAAGAGGAAGAGUGGAAGCAGCCCCGUAUUAAAGAAGAAGCGCAGGAGGCGGAUAUUGGCCAGUUGCCGUUGACCUCUGUUCCUUCCGUGAGGAAUGAUGACGAAGACAAAGGUCAACGUGAGGAAAACAGCGUUGCCAGCAACAGCUCAAUUAACCACAUGACAGCCGAAGGCGACGGGGAGCACUGCAGAAGAUUGCGAGCAGACCACCUUUUGCCACCGCUAUCAGAUUGCGACGACAUAACAUUGCACUCUUCUGAUACUGAUGACGAUGAUGAACACGCAAAAGGCGAAGGGACCGGUCACGCUAAGGAGAAACACUGGAAGUGCUCCCAAUGUGACAAAACGUUUGUUUUCAAGUCAGUUCUAAAGAGUCACAUGAUGAGUCACACCGGAGAGAAACCUUUUGUCUGCACGGUUUGCGGUAAAAGAUUCUCCCGUAGACAAAAUUUGACAACGCACACGCGAGUUCAUACUGGAGAGAAACCUUUUGUUUGCUCAGUUUGUGGUAAAAGCUUCUCUCGUAGGCAAUCUAUGACAACGCACACAAGAACACAUACUGGAGAGAAACCUUUUUCCUGCUCAGUUUGUGGUAAAAGGUUCACUGAAAAGAGGCAUUUGAAAACACACACAAGAACACACACCGGAGAGAAACCUUUUGAAUGCACAGUUUGUGGUAAAAGGUAUUUUGUAAAGAAAAGUCUAAUCAACCACACAACAACACACACUGGGGAGAAACCUUUUGAAUGUCCAGUAUGCAAGAAAAGAUUCACUCAGAAGGGCUAUUUAAAGUUACACAAAAGAACACACAGUGGAGAAAAACCUUUCGCCUGCUCAGAUUGUGGUAAAAGAUUCUAUCUUGGGAGGGAUUUAAGAAAACACACAAGAACCCACACUGGAGAGAAGCCCUUCGACUGCUCUCUUUGUGGAAAACGGUUCUCUGAAAAGGGAAAUUUGCUGUUACACACGAGAACGCACACUGGCGAAAAACCUUUUGACUGCUCAGUUUGCGGCAAAAGGUUCUCCGAAAGGGGAAAUUUAGUUUUACACACAAGAGCUCACACCGGAGAGAAGCCUAUUGUGUGCUCAGUUUGUGCUAAACGAUUCACUCAUAAGGGCCAUUUGAGAAGACACAUGAGAACUCACACUGGAGAUAAACCUUUUGACUGCUCAGUUUGCGGCAAGAGAUUUUCUGAUAAGGGAAACUUAAGAAGACACACAAGAACCCACACUGGAGACAAACCAUGAUCAUGCCUGAUCAUUUUGCUGAAAAAGAUUCACUGACAAUGGAGAUUAUCCACAAGAACUCAAAAUCAAGGGAACACAUUCGGUUGCAGUGUGUGUGAUAAUAAAAGAUUGCCUGGUAAGAGGCACAAAUGUCACCAGUGAAGUUUUAAAGAAAUACAGGAGGAAACUGACUAUUAGUGGUUAAGACAGAAAAGUGUAUUUGAGAUCCUGAAUAAAAUACAACGCAUUUAAA